CGUAUUAUAAUCUUGAAUUUUGCAAACGUGUUGCAUACGUGGCAGGCUUCUUGACCAAUAGGAGUAUGCGUGAGUUCGAUAGGCGUGGCUUCGAACUCGUACAUUCGCUCCGUACGUCCGGCCGCCAUAAUUCUUAAGAAGAGAUCGUCGCGUGUGAAUUUCUGAUCGUGUUCUUCCAUCGGGAACGAAGUACGUUCCUUAUCGCACGUUCCCCACACGGAAAGUCUAACCGAAAGAAUCCUCUGUAAGCUGUGAAGAGUAUUAUGCAGAAAUGACGUAUUUUUAUUGCUACUGAUGUAAAACUUUAAGCCAUACGUGAGAGAAUCAAAGGAAGUGAACAUUACACGAUUAAGAAAGGACUAGAUACAUAAGAGCAGUUUCGAAGUGUAUCAUUAUUGAAGCAUUUAAUUUGUACAGAGAAGAGGAUAAGAAUUAGCGACAUGGAUCUUCAGACAGGAUUGGUUUGUGUUGGAGUGGUUGUGAUCUCAGCUGCAGUUAUUCUUCUCGUGUCAAUGUUUGGCAUUAAAGAAAAAUCUUAUGAAGAAGCCAUAGCUGAACAACGCAAACUUCCCGACGAUCUACUGCUUGGUAAAAAGGAUAAGGGGAAAGAAAAGAAACAUAAAAACAAGGCUGGAAAGAAAGUAAAGGAGAAGAAGGAAGAGAAGGAUGAAAAAGAAGAAGAAAAGUCUGAGCAUGUCCAGUUUGAAGAAACUCCUGAAAUUUUGCCAUCUGAGCCAUCUACUCAGGAGAGUGGCAAAGGGAGUAAGAAGAAGAACAAGGUUGAAAAGGUAAAGCCAAUCCUUAUCAAUAAGGAUGAGCCAGUGGUCAUUGCACCCGAAUUGAGUCCUUCGCAGCCUCCUUUGGAGGAAGCCAAUCAUUUCGACCUAAUUCAGCCAAAGGACGACCUUGAACUUAUCCGGAGCCACAGUAGAGAAAAUCUUCAACAAAUGAGCCAGUCCGAACCGAUUGUGAAUAAGUCACCGAAAGAGACUCCAACUAGGUCAAAGAAAAACUCGAAGGAGGUGUCCAAGAAAAGAGACGAAAGCAAAGAUGAGAAGAAGGAAGUUGUCACUAGUGCCAGCGCGCCUCAGCAGAUCAGCAAGGAACUUAUAAAGGAUGUUAAGGAACAGCAGAAAGAGACUCCAGUGAAAGAGUCGAAGGAAGUCGCAAAGGAAACUGCGCUCCCUGUCCAAUCAUCCGUCAAAGAAACCAAGAGUAAGAAGAAGAAGAAUGACAUUUUGGCACAGAUUGGUGGAGACAAAGACGGCGUCAACGUUUCUCUAUUGAUGCCUCUCGUUCAGAAGGCUGAGCUCAGCCGUUCCGAAAUUCAAAUUCUUAUUGAUCAGCUUUUGAACAAGCAAUUGGAUAACCCGUUGGAACACUCAGAAUGGACUGAAGGCCGUGCAGAUCCCGUAAUAAAAUUGAAGAAACAACUUGCUGAAAGAGAGAAGGCUCUUGCUGAUGAGCAUGAAGCCAGUGUUGCCUUUCAGAAUAAGUUGAAGGAACUGCGUGCUGAACUUAAUGCCGAGCGAUCCAGAUUGUCUGCCAGCGUCAGACAACUCGAAGAGGCUCUUAACGCAAAGGUUACCGAGGCGCAGACACUUCACACUCGUAUGCAACACAUCUUAGAGAGUCAUGCCGCCGAAAAACAAGGUUUUGCACGGCAGAUCGAGCAGCUUCAGUCAAAGGUUAAUGAAGAUGCUGCGAUUAUUCAUAAGAUGAAGGAAGAUCAGGGACAGACACAAGGCCACAUGCAGCAGGAGUUGAUUGCACAACGUAAACAAUUGGAGGCGCAGUACGCUCAGAUGCGUGACAAUGAGAAUGCCUUGAAAGCACAACUUUCACAGAAACACGCGGAAGUUCAAGAGUUGCAGAAUGUUAGCUUGACAGUUUCUCAAGAAUUGCAAGUUACUUGCGAGAAUAGCACCGCUGAGAUAGAGAUGCUGCGACAACAGUUGAGUAUCAUGCAAGACCAGUUGAUGCAUUCAGAAAGCCAGUUGCAGCAUUUCAAAGAGGCGGGUGACAGACUACAGGAUAUGGCUAGACAACUUGAGGAAUCCCAUCGUGCUAAGGCUGAUUUGGAUCACAGAUUACAAACUGCUCAUCGUCAUCAGCAGGAGUUACAAAAACAAGUAAACACCAUUAAAGCUGAAUUGAAUGUUGCGAAAACCGAAGGGAGCGAGGCUGUUGCUGUAAAGGCUGAAUUCAAUAAGGUUCAGUCAGAAUUGAUGAAAUUGAAAUCGGACCUAUCCCUUUCGCAAAUUGAGGUUAAAUCCGAAGCUGAUGAAAUUACGACGCUUAAAACUUUACUGGUUGGUAAAGAAGACGAGCUGAAGCAAGUCCAGUCCAUGCUCAAUAAUUCGCAGGAAGAAUUGCAAAAAUCUCAAGCUGAAUUCAAACGUGUCGAGGCUGAAUUAAACAGUAUUCAAGAAAAAUCGAAGAAAGCGACAUCAGAACUUGUUAAGGCACAUGAUGAUUUGAAGCAAGCUCAGAAUGAACUUACCAAAGCAGAACAUGACCUGACUAAUACUAGUGCCGAAUUGUCCAAGAUUCAGGGAGAAUUGUUUAAGGCACAGGCCGAUUUGAAGGCAUCAAAUGUCACUGUGGAGGAACUCAGAAAUCUCAAGGCUGAAUUUGACAGACUUCAACAGGGAGGCAAGAAAUCGGACGAUGCUCACUUGCAAGUUAUGCGUUUGCAGGAGGAAAAUGAAAGACUGUCAGCUCAGCUCGGAAAUGUUGCUGAAUUACAGAAAGAACUGGAACAUCUUCGCCAUGAAAAGGAUACAUUGGAAUCUCGAUUGGCAGCCAUCACUGAACGCCCAGCUGCUGAAGGACGCGAAAAUGGUAUCGAGGAAAAGACCCAGAAAAACAAUGUUCAACAUUUAGAACAUGAUCAACUUGCUGAGCAAAGAAACUUUAAACUGGAUAAUCUGACUCAUGAAUUGCGGCAAAAGGAAACGGAACUCGUUAAACUGAAUGCACAAGUUGAAACUUUACGAAGUGACGUGAACAAUCAACGUAGCCUCGUUAAACGAUUGCAAGACGAUUUGGAUGCUCAACGUGCAAAGAAUAAUGAGUUACGUACUAAGAACUGGAAAGUGAUGGAAGCUCUUUCUGCUGCCGAGUACCGCGCUAAAACCAAUACCGAAAAGAGCGCUGAUGAGUUAAUACAGAAGGCACAAAGCGAAGAACAGGAAACAACCAAAGCACUGUUGCAAAGGAUAUUCCCAGAAAUUAAAGUGUCCGAAAAAUCACACGAGAAAUGGGUAAAUGCCUUCGAAGAGAGGGUUUACGCGGCUCUCAUUGAAUUAAGAAAGAAACAAGAAGUGCCUCAAGGAAAUCCUGAUUUAGAAAGCCAAAAUCAGAAUCUACAGGGAAUGGUUUCGCAUUACAAGCAAAUUAUUGAUGACACGGAAAGUAUGCUUAACAAACUCCAGAGUCAUAUAGAAUCGGAAGAAACAAGAUGGCAGGCGCAACUUCGGCAAAAAGAAAACGAAGUAGCAAAUCUGAGGGUAGAACUUAACGACCUUCGAAAUAAAUCGACCGUCAGUGAAAAGCUGGCGAUAAAACAAGUUUAUCAAACUGUGGACUCCGUAUACUAUGACAGUGAUGGGGUCGAGUUUGCAUUUAACUGUAUCGAGAAAUCUCUCCCCGCCAUCACCAGUGAGCUUCAACAAAAAAUAUCGGAGUUGGAAGCAAGAUUAGCUGAAGAAGAAUCACUUAGAGAAGAGGCUAAGGCUGAAUUGCUGGCUCUCAGAGCUGCACACAAACCUUCUCCUACUAAAGGAGGUCAUAGUCAUGACCUUGCCGCUCUGGAACAGCUUCAAGAGGAGAAGGCGAGACUGUCGGAAGAGUUGCAAAGCGAAAGCAGUAAAAGAGCAACUCUGGACGCAGAAGUCAUCAAGCUUCGUUCUCUUGUGGAAACUAGUGAGUCCAGCUUGGUUCAAGAAAAGAAUCUCGUUUCACAACUUCAACAAGAGGUGACGCAACUCAAGAGUGAAGUUUGUGGUGGCAGUAGCAGCUCGGAUCAAUCAACAUUAAAUGGUCCACCAACAUCUGAUUCUCCUAAAUCCGAGCCAACACUAGCGGCACAGUCUUUGCUAGCCGCAUUAGAAAAAACCUUCAAGAACACAGAACUUGCAAACUGUUCAAUAACCGAGCCCAUCAAUUCGCUUCAGUCUCAGGCAGAAAACGACAACAGGUCCCUUACCUCAAAAAUCUCCCCCAAAACCUGUCACACGACAGAUCACAACACACAGGCUAGCUGGAAUCCCUUGAAUGGCCAGCAACAUAAAAAGCACAAGAAAAAGAGGAAGGGUGGUUCAGGAAAAAAGUAACUCCAAAGAAUAAGCUGCGUUAACGGAGUACCAGUGGAGACGAUACAAGAAUGAAAUAAGUAGUCGUAUUCAGAGACAUCACGUUGAAGUUAAUCGCUCCUAGUCAACUAAUGCAAUGCAUUUUCGAAUAUUGUAAACGCCACUAUGAGCUAGUAACUUAAAUCAGAUGACUAUGAAUAUGGCCCAUACGUGUUUAAACAGGGGUAAGCAGUCAUACUGUGACCACAAAUGGCAGAGAUUUUGCUACUGAGAAGACUAAUAUAAUAAUUAAAAUGAUACUGAUAAUGUUUAUUAUAAAAAAAAAUAUCAUAUUUUAUUAUGUGGAGUAAGUUUAAGCAAGUAAACAAGUAGGUAGUAAAGAAAAAUGUUGAAAAUGGUAUGUGUGACGGUUACACAAAUAAACGUGCAAGUACCACUCGAGUCGCAUCUCACGGAUGCAGGAGCUAUUACACGUCUCUUAACGUCAGAUUAUGUUCUUUUUGUCGCGACAAAAUUCGUAGAAUUUGUAUUUCUAUAAAAUGCAUAAUUUCGCUGAAUUGUCAUGUGAAAUGCGUAAAAUAAGCGUGUCCCGUCCACAAAAUGGGCAUGGAAUAACAACAGCGUCCCACUCAGCCUAAAUAUAUCCAAUUAAUUAAACCAACUCGAACUCGUAAUUAGUAUUCUGUUUUAUUAGUGGGUAAAGGGCAAAUUUCGUAAUAGUAAUAAUGCAACAGGAAUUAUAUAUGUUAAUUAUAUAUAUAUAUAUAUAUGCCGAUAAAUUAGGCAUCUCUACAAUGAUGAAAUUUUUAAGUAAAUUUCGUACUUGAAAUGAAUUUGUAUACACAGUCGAAAUGCUCUUUAAGUAAAUUACAUGUGCAAUAAAUAACUCAAGACCUACUGUCUUGUGCGAACGAAAGAAUUCUAGUGGGAUCUAGCCAAGUAGAAUACGAUUAUCACGUGAAAUUGAAUUGAAUAUCAUGUAUAUCAUUAAUUUGACACGUGGCAAUGUAGGGGGCGCAAACUCUAUUUUUCAAACAUUUAUUCUACAGGUAGGGUCAUAUCAAGAGUCUGGAUAGAAAAAUUAUACAACUGAAAUUUAAUUGCAUUUAUUCCAAAACUCAUUAGGACUAUGUUGCACCUAAGUCAAAUUAUAUCUUAGUUGCACGAGACUUCGUUACAGAAAAUGUAACUACAGUGUUUGAAGUAAUGGUGAAAUAUGAUGUUGAUAAUGAAAGGAGCAAGCGUGCGUUAGUGUAUGCAACUUCAGUAGAAAACAAUAUCUUAUAUAAGGCAAGCAUUUUCCGUAAAAAAAAAAUGCGUAGGACAAAAUAAAAAAUACAAUAACAACUUGCUGAGGUAUCGUCUUUUUGAUAUGUCAAUUUUACUUUGAUUGCGCAUAUAGUUUAAUCUUUACCGAACACUACCUGAGCUAUUAGCUCGUAAAUAAAUCAUUUAGAGUUCAAUGGAAAAGUAAUAAAUUCAUUAUAUUAA